AAGAAAAGGAAAAAAGCCUGCAAGGACUGUACCUGCGGACUUAAAGAACAGGAAGAAAGCGACGCUUUGAAACACUUGUCAAUCCAGCAAAAGAUCUUGGGCAAUUUGGCCCUCAGUGCCAACCAGGAAGCUAUUAAGAUCGAACAAAGAAUCAUCUCCUUAGACACAGACGAAAUGGCAGAGGUUGAUUUCACUGUGGAGGGCAAAACCGGUGGAUGUGGCUCGUGUGCUUUGGGAGACGCCUUCCGCUGCGAUGGCUGUCCCUACCUAGGUCUCCCCCCUUUCAAACCUGGCGAAAUAGUGUCUCUUGAUGGUUUUGGUGAAGAUUUG